AUGCGCGUAGGCGAACGCAUUGCCAGGGAACUAAUAAGGGCCGAAGACGUAACGCCCAAAAGCAGCGUGAUAACGCCAACAACACGGCAUAUAAGAGGCUCAGACGGAGCAAAAAACAAAGAGAAGGAAACACCAGUGGGUGGGUGCUGCAUCGGAAAACCCGCUGGAGAAGGAAAAUGUGCAACUGAAAAGCAGAAGACACUACAGGUAAAAAUGAUGAGUCUAGGAGAAGCUAUUGACUCUCUCCUGGCGUACUACAAAGGCCGUCACAAUGUGCAUCACGAAAUAAAAAAGAUCGGUUCACUUAUAAAAAAGAGGCACACCGAAGCUAUUAUGUUGAUGGAAGAGUGUGAGAAACAGCAGACAACUCCAAAAAAGAAUACGUCAAAAACCUCAGACGUUAACAAUAUUAGAAAAGAAUGUUCGGGUAUAAUUACACAAUCGGUUAAAAGGACGAGAACAAGAGUCAGUCCUAGCACGCAAGGAACUGGCAACCCGGUCGUGAACGCACUAUCGCCUGCGGCAAAAAAAAGGUGUGCAACGGCAGCGAUUCAUCAGACAAAACCAGUACAGGCACCAAUUAAAGGCCAAAAUGCCGGCUGGACGGUUGUCAAACCAAGAAAAGAAAAGAAGCCGCCUAAAUUGGUGAGGACAAGGCCUGAUGCUAUAAUCAUAUCCAAGUCUGAAAAUGCUACGUAUGCUGACAUUCUGCGUAAGGUAAAAACAUCGGACUCUCUCAAGGCUCUCGGAGAAGAUGUAAAAGCAAUCCGCAGAACAGCUAAACAGGAAUUGAUCAUAGAGCUUAAAGGAGCACCGCACGGAAAAACAUCAGAAUAUCAGACAGCGAUUGAAGAUGUUCUGAAAACCGCAGCAAAAGUGAUGGUUAAAACUCACACUGUAACAAUACAGUGCAGAGAUCUGGAUGAGGUAACCACUGCAGAAGAAUUGUGUGACGCGCUUCAUGCCCAAUGCAAUAUUAAACGUCCAGAUACAGCGGCGGUAAGAAGCCUAAGAACGGUGUACAACGGUACACAGACGGCCUUCAUUGUCCUCCCAGCCGGAGAUGCGAAAAAGGUGUUAGAGGCUCAACGUGUGCGAAUUGGAUGGGUGUCCUGCCGGGUACGAAAGGUCGAUUCUCCUAAGCGUUGCUUCAAGUGCUGGGGUUACGAUCAUGUCGCUCAAAAGUGCAAGGAGCAAAUAGACAGAUCGGGACUCUGUAGAAAAUGUGGUCAGGAAGCCCAUAAGGCACUUACUUGCAAAAAUCCUGAACAAUGUGCACUGUGCAAGGGGAACCAUGCAGCUGACAGCUACAAAUGUCCGUUAGCUAAAAAGGCGCGAAGAGAAGCCAUCCAAUGA